CGACCUCUCACAGGCCCUCCACCUUGUGAAGAGGCGGUAAGCCCCCAAUCCCAGAAGAGUAGUCGGGUUGCUAUCGUUGGAGGGUCACGGAGUGAGGCCCGUGGAAAGUGGCCCGCCAGGAACAGUUCGGGAAAUGACAGCAAAGGCAACCGAUAAAGGAGAGAUGGACCGAGAUGGAGCCAUGUCCUUCGAAAGGCCGGCUGCCGUGCACCUUUCAUAUCCGGUAACCAGUCUAAGCAUCUCGUCUAAUGGUCGAGAUGCGGUAUUGGCAGCCAAAAAAGGCUUGUACAUAAUAGACUUGGAUAAUCCUUAUCUGCCACCGAGGGUGAUACACCAUAUGACCAAUUGGGAAGUCAGCGAUGUGCAGUGGAAUCCACAUCGCUCUAGGGAACACUGGAUAGCCACGACAUCGAACCAAAAGGCUCUGGUCUGGAAUCUAGCUGCGAAAGGCGCUGAUGCAGGAUCAAAGUACAUUGAAUACAUCCUUGGCUCUCAUCAGCGAGCCGUUUCCGACAUCAAUUGGAGUCCGUUCCAUCCAGAGCUUCUCGCAACAUGCUCCUAUGACACCUACAUACAUUUGUGGGAUCUAAGGAAGCCGCCAGAUAAGCCCUCGACAUCAUUUUGUGCUUGGACUGCCGGGGCGACGCAAGUAAAGUUCAAUAGGAUAAGCGAGACAAUGCUGGCAUCAUCUCAUGACACAGAUAUCCGAAUCUGGGACACGAGGAAAGGAUCGACCCCCGUGACAUUGAUCACGGCACACAUGACCAAAAUUUACGGGAUAGACUGGAGUAGGAACAACGAACAAGAGAUCAUCACAUGUGGGCAAGACCGGAUGGUGAAGUUUUGGGACAUUUCAGAACCGAGAACAUGUCAGGCAUCCAUCAUGACGGGCGCUCCUGUUUGGCGAGCUCGGUUUACACCUUUUGGGAACGGCGUCGUAACCAUGCCGCAACGGAAGGAUACGAACUUACUCCUUUGGGACUGUGAUAACUUGGUGAACCCCGUCCAUUCAUUCGAGGGUCACACGGACGUGCCAAAGGAGUUUGUCUGGCGCGUUCGCGGGCAGCAAAGUGGAGAGCAGGAUGACAGGGCUUUCCAGCUGGUGACCUGGUCGAAGGAUCAAUACCUUAGACUAUGGCCAAUCUCACGGGAAAUCACAAAGGCAGUGGGCCAUGAGUCUCGGCCUCUGUUGGGGUCAACCAAGGACAUGGAUUCCCUCUCUGUGAACGCCGCUGCCACAGACAGUCUCUCCUCGAGCAUGGAGAGUGUUUUCAGCCCUGCUGAAAUCUCACGUACAUCGACUCCGGACCUCAGAAGGCCAGAUGUCGCGUCGCAGCUCUUGGACUGGGAAAUACGGCACGUAUUGCGGUCGUACCCAGGCGUUGUUUUCGAAAAGAUUAGCUUGGAGAAUCGGACUUGUACGAUGACUCUGCAAUCCGCCCUGGAAGACUCACCGUCGACUACAUACCGGGCGCCAUCGACGUUUCUGCGAAUCGACGUAUACUUUCCAAGCGACUACCCAAACUCGGCGCCGCCCACUUUCAAUGUGCAAAAAACAGGCAUGGUCAGUAUGGCACAACGGAGAUAUCUGGCAACGGAGCUUUCGAGCAUCGCGGGCAAGCUUGCGAAAAACAAUGAGGCGUGCUUGCUUAAAUGCGUUGGCUUCCUGAUGUCCGGCAAGUCGAACCUGGCCAGUAAGCGUCAAGCAUCGCACGAGCGUUUGGGACUGGAUUCUCCCGGAAGUUUAAUGAGCGAACCAAGAUAUCCUUCCCUCACAUAUAAAGGACCUCGUUCGAGGGUUCCUUCCAUUGAGAAACUUGACGUCUACGGAAACACUGAAGUGCUCUCCACGGUGCCGGCUUCGCAAGCAAACUUCGGGUUCGAUGCGAGCUCCAGCGAUAGUGAUAUGAUGUCGAUGGUUGGCGGGAGAAACAACUCGCAAGAGAAACGAUUGAUGAAGGACGUCAUCGUCGGGAAAGACGUGAGCAACGUUCCGUUCCCGAGGUUAUGCGGUGCAUCUUUCUCAUCAGGCGGUCAACUUGUUUGUUUCUUUUCGCCGCUUCCGCACCCGUCAGCGACCAAGUUUACAGCAUAUACGCUGGUUACUCGCAAUCAGCAACCCGUUUUACAAUCACAACAUUUCACAGCACAGCCAAGGACUUUUCCACACUAUGAAAGUUACCGCGCCUUCAUAUUCACCCGGGUUCCGAGAGGAGUCAAUGCGAGCAAUGCGGCGCGUCGCGGUCCGCCUCAGAGGGCAGAUAUCGCAGCGUUGAACGCUAAAUAUAAUGACAACGACGCAGGACUUGUGAAACCGAUCCCUACGCAAGCAACAGCGGGGAAAUUCAGCUAUUGGCUCGACUCUGAUGAAAGCGGCGAAGAGAACAUGAGCUCGAGUUUAUUAUGGAAUCUGAAAGCGUUCGAUGAGAAGCCACGUUCCCACUUGACAGCUGCUGCGGAGGUCAGUAGUAGAAGCGCCUGGCCCGUGCCCAACAGCGCGCAUUUCACCCCGCAAUGGGCAGGAACUCCGGAACAACCACGUCCCAUCACUCCCCAAAUCAACACAAGCCAGGCUGUCAUGUAUGCGGGUUCACUAGACAGCCCGCGCGACGCCUUGCCAAGCCGCAUCCGGUCUACAACACCAAUCCUGCGCACUAAUACUAUGCCGCCGUCCCUAAGCAGCUCCCCGCUCGGCAUGGACAUCAAGCCGAGUUCACCAAAACACCUCCACCUGAUGAACAUUGCCCGCACACCAUCACCAGAUUUUAGAGUCAGAGAAGAUGGAUCGCCACGAGCGAGAAAGUUGAGGCACAGACGGACUACGUCCGCGGAUGCGGGGAGCUUCAGCGGCAGCGACUUCAGCGGAGAUGUUGCCAGUAGUUUUGGCGCAAGGCCCUCUCCAACGCGAUUCCUGCGGAGCACACCUCCACCGUCACAGUUGAUCAAACAGGAAACCACUCCGGCAAACGUUGCUUCCUCGGCGCACAGCGAGGCCAAGAGCCUUACGGAGCAAACAGGGUAUAUCACAACGGUGAUGGUGAAGGACGUCUCUCAGCUUUUGCCAAUCAACAGGCAGCUAGCUGAGAGAUAUAGUUUGUGCGGGGACGACCCUAUUGCAACUUGCGUCCGUAACGGCUUGGAAGCCCACGCUAUGGGCAGAGCCGAUCUGGUCCGAAUUUGGAGUUUGGCCACCCUCAUAUUGACGGAGCGGAAACCGUCAAUAACGGUCUCAACAACUUCCAAACCAACCACCGUGCCUAGCAUCCGAAGCCGGAGACGUCGGAAAACCGACGAUCGCGGACUGGAGGAACGCGUUACGAUGUCCCACAAUGGUGUCUUGCGAAUCAAGACGGAUCCGACUAUGACGUCGGAUGAGGUCGCAGGUUGGAAUAUGAAUCCCGCCAUCGCAAAACUCGCCAACAGUUACCCUCAAUUGCAAAAGCAACACCAUCCAUUCGGGCGUGCACUGGUGCAGGACUUAUUUCGACAUCUCGAAGUGCAACGAGAUGUGCAGAUGAUCGCUCUCCUUUCCUGCGUGUUCUCGGAACAGUUUGCAAUUCUGACGAAUUCACGCGAACGACCUCGUUCGGCAACGAGAAUGCAAACGGCGCGGCCUAAGCUCCUACGACAGCCGUCCAACCCUUAUUUCACACGCCAGUUUUUCGGUGGGUCGAGCAACACUGGAGCUCACGGCUUUUCCUCAAUGAUGCCCGACGCAAUCAGUGUUCCUUUGAUUGCAGCCUUCUCGAUGAUGGGUGUGACUGUGAGCAAGAUGGAAACAGUGAAUGCAGAAGAUACGGUGGGCAUGCACAUCACCAGUUUACCUAAACAUGCUCGGAAACCAGGGACUUCCAGCGACAGUGGUGCCCCGGCCUCCGCGUGGCUGCGCGGCUUGACGACUUCGCAAACGUCUUCCGGGACCGUAGACAACGGGGUCAUGGGAUACCCACCAACGCGGUUCGAUACAGAUGGGGCGCCGUCGUAUGGUCAAAGUUUCGGCUUACGGCAUCCAGGUCGUUCUGCAUCGUCGGGAUCGUUCGCGGGUCACUUGCCCGGUGGAGCGACGCCUGAUUCAGCCGAUGGCAGUGUUGAUACCAGGAACAGACACGAUCGCAGGGAGAAGAGCUUCGACGUGUCCUCGGAUAGUCCGGCACCUUAUGACGCUAUUUCCGGUGGAUCGGGCACGCCCACAUACGCGCAAGCUGUUGCGACGGGCCUGGCAAGUCCGAAAGCACGUAUGUUUCAGGGUUCAGGGACCUUUUCUGAUGGCGACCUUUCUAUGGCAUCAACGUUUGCCUCGCCUGAGGCUAACCGAGGGAUGCUUUCGCAAGGAGAUCGGUCUCCGGCUCUCGAUAGUAACAGAUCUCGCGACUCGGCUACCGACCCUGCUAACCGGCAAAGCACUGCCGGAGUUGGUUGGUCACUUACAGCCCCGUACUCCAGUAUCGCGCCAAGCGUGCCCGUAAGCCGGUGGAGUAACCAUUCAAUGCCACCUACGCCCGCUCUCGGCAACCAGAAGUCACCUAGCAACCUGACGCCCAACAAAACUCAUCCCGUGCUAAUGCUCCGACUUUCUGGGGACAUGGAGACAAAUGACGGAGCAUGGUAUGGGGGGAACAAUCAGCGGAGUACAACCGUGAUGGGCACUGUGACACCGAAAGUGGGUCUGUUGGAUCCCUCCGACGAGGAUAUCCACACACGAUAUAAAGUGCAGUAUGCUGAGUUGCUAUACACAUGGGGUCUGACAGAACAGAGAGCUGAGGUAUUGAGAAUGUUGUACCAACGGAGACCUCGCAAGCUGGAGGAGUGGAAGAAGUUUCAGGAGCCGAUAAUCGGCGCUGACCCUUUAGAACGCACUGAUUUCCACGUUGUUUGCCCCGAGUGUGGAAACCACCUUGUGACAUCAACCCCAGCAACUGAAGCUGUCUACUUGGCCUCGAUGAACGGUACACAGCCGCCAACGCCACGAUCGUUCUGCCGGAAAUGCGCACGCGGGCGGUACGGCGUGAAUUGUGCAAUUUGUCGGCUUCCAUGUAAAGGCGUAGCGAGCUUCUGUUUGGCGUGCGGGCACGGCGGACAUGCAGAUCAUAUGAAUGAUUGGUUUUCGGAGGCCGCUGAGUGCCCGACUGGGUGCGGGUGUGUCUGUCGUGAAUCUUCUGCUUGUUAGGCUUGGUUCAUAAAUACGUACCGGUUGCCGCUUUUUGGGACAUACAUUUUCUGAUACCCCACUGAUGUGAUUUUUGCGUACAGUAUAUGCAUUGGGUUCCGCGAUAAAGGCUGGCCACGGCGGGGUUGCCGCCUCUAGACGCGCGGGCUAACGUUCCUUCCUUCCUUCCUUCCCAACGCAAUUGCGAGCAUCGUCACCACCAAAUUCACCAGCA